AUGACGGUGUGUGUAAUUCAGAUCUUUGGUACAGAUUCAUAUUAAAUCCACAGUGUAACUUCUAUGAUUUCGCUGGCUGCCUUCCAGUGACUGUGGUGCGUUUGAGGCGGAUGGGAGGCGGAGGAGUGUGUCCAAUGGCACUGCCGAGGAGGCGGUGUGAGCUGACACAGAGAGGCGGGCAGCAGCAGCCAGCUGUUGGAGAGCAGCGCUCCUGAACCAUCCGCUACUACAACACCAGGUGAAUAUCUCUACAUCUACACGAGACCAGAACACCAGGCGACACUUCUGCGUGUUUUUUAUUCGCGACUUCUCAUCGGUGUCGGGCAAUUGGGUGAAACUCCAAAGAUAAACAGAGAGACAGACGGAAAACAGACUGCAAGACGGCUGAAAAAAUGGGAAGAAAGAAAAUACAAAUUUCUCGUAUACUGGACCAGAGGAAUAGACAGGUGACUUUUACAAAACGCAAGUUUGGUCUGAUGAAGAAGGCGUAUGAGCUGAGCGUGCUGUGUGACUGUGAGAUCGCCCUCAUCAUCUUCAACAGCACCAACCGUCUGUUCCAGUAUGCCAGCACAGACAUGGACAAAGUGUUGCUCAAGUACACUGAGUACAGCGAGCCGCACGAGAGUCGCACCAACACGGACAUACUGGAGACUCUGCGUAGGAAGGGCCUCGGCCUCGGCCUCGACGGCACUGAGCUUGAAAGUGAGGAGAGCAUGCAGGUGGCUGCAGACAAAUAUCCUCUCAGUGAGGGCAUGGAUCUCUCUGUGGCUCGCCAGCGCUUCUAUGCUCCAUCGCUCCUUCCCCCAGAGGCCCAGUUCCUGGUGUCUGCAGGUUGUGAGAACAGCUACCCCAACUCCUCCGGAUCAAGCAUGGUGACCCACAGACCUCCAGGUUUCAAAUCUCUCAACGCCAGACCUGGUUCAGUCAGCCCAGCUGCACCACAUGCAUUCAUGUCUCCUCACUCAGGUAUCGGCUACUCAGUCUUCUCCCACGGCAGCCUGAACCGAGCUCUGGACAUGAAAAGCCCUCCUCCUCUGAACCUGGGUGCUGAAAACUUGCGGGGAGAUGCUGCUAGUCAGGGCAUGGGGGCCACACGUGCUAACCACAGCUGUGCUAGGGGGGUCUUGUACCAGGGUCUGCACGGCAGCAGCUCCAUGAUGGCCAUGGGCAAGGCAGGGCUGUUGAGUCACAGUUUGGGGGGCUAUGGACUCCCUUCUCCUGGAUCUUCUGAAUACAGCCAGCCUGGUUUUUAUCACUCUGUUAGUCUACAAAGAGGAGCAGUGAACCCCUGGCACCCAGCACAGGCACCUCAGGAGCCUCAUAUAAACCCAGGAAUGACCACUGGGGGGUGCUCCUUCCCUUCUCAGUCCUGCUCCUCAUCCUCUCCACACCUGCCUUCCCUCAACCUCAGCAUCAAAUCAGAGCGUAGCUCACCAGAGCACAUGUCCUCUCCCACCUCCCCUCCCAUGCACCACCUCGGGCAGCACUCUCCAAUGAGCAACCCCGAUUCUGCUCGCCACACUCCUCCAGAGGGCUGUCCGGCCAAUGAGACGAAGGAGUUCCCCAAAGCUGGCUACCCGCAAGAUGAAGAGGAAGGAGGGCAGCCGCUCAGGCAGCUAGAGAUAAGUGAUGGGUGGCAGAGAUAGCUGGUUCCUGCAGUCCAACACCAUCUUCCAUUUAAUCAGCUAUCUUCAAUCAAAUCCUCUCUUACACACAUACACACACACACAGACACACACAGACACACACACACACACACACACACACACACACACACACACACACACACACACACACACACACACACACACACACAGAUAGAUAAAAGAAGAUAGUGAGAUGGGCAUUUGUUCCCAUCCUGCCAGAGAGGAUGCCUCUCUUUGUCUCCUCCACCAGAGCUGGUCUCUCUUGAGGGAUGGAGAAUUUUCUCCACAUCUCUUGGUUGAUCCCAUGAGGAGACACAUGCAAACAGACAUUUGCUUUUUUUUGUUUAGUUAGCUUUGUUUUCUCUGUGUGAAGCUUUUAUGAGUCAGAAAUACUGUUUGACAGGUGUUUAUUUUCUUCUGUGACUUUGUUGAAGUUAGCUGCAGCGGCACAUCGGGACCAGCUGAGUAUCUUCGAAAAUCUGCAAAACCACCUCAGCGUUUAACCCAACAUCAGGGGUCUGGUCUGGGCCUGGAUUGGUCCAUUUCAAAAGAUACUUCACAAUUUUUCAAGUCUACAUAAACACAACACUUACAUACCUAUUUGUAUGUUGAAAUAGCAUCCUUCUAUUUAAAUUCAAACAUAAUUUAUAGCUGAAAAAAUCCAUGUUCUUUUUUUGCUGUGCGAAAAUGCAGCUUUCAUCCUUGUGCCUAUCUGUGAAUUUAAAGUAGUUUAUUAAGAGAUCUGUUGACAGAGUUGUACAAAGAAGCUAACAUUUUGCAAUUUGGAGCGCUUUACCAAGGAGCACAAAAAGGGAAUUUAGUAUGAAAACUAAAAGUCUAUUGUUUGAUUUGUCUGACGCAUCAUUAUAGCUCCAUAUAAUAUAUACUCUUACACUUAAUGAGGCCUCUGAACUUGGCCCCUCUAUCUCCUAUAUAUUAGAAUUCAGUGGUGUACUCAGGAGGAGGGAAGGAUGGGCGCCCUUUUGUUUGAAAAUCACAGCUUGGUAACUUAAACUGAAUUUGGCUCUUAUGUAAGACUUUAGUUCUGGUUAUUACUCUAGAAAACUUAAUCUGAGGUUAUUAUUAAUAAUAAUAAUAAUAAUAAUACUUUAUUUAUAUGCUUUACAGUGGGAAAUAAAAACAAGAAGAAGUGCAAAGCAAAAUGAAGUGAUAAAAAAUAAAAUGAAAUAAAAGCUUAAAAACCAUACAAACAUAUAAAACAGACCCUUAAAAUCAGAGCUAAAAUUAAAUAAAAUCACACAAUAAAAGCUUUCCUGUAAAAAUGUGUCUUGAGUAAUGACAUAAUAAGUAAUAACAUUAUUAUUUGUUUUAGAUAAGUGCAUUAGUUUAUUUGACAGGACCAUGCUCAACAUAACUGCUGAGCCAGAGUCAGUUAAAGGAGCGAAUUCACAUCCGCAGUCCCUGGGCAGGAAGAUCUUAGAACACAUAAUACAAAAAAUCUAAAAAGACAAUAAUCAAACAAUUAAAAACAAUAAAAAAUGUAACAACAGUAUGUCACAUUAACACAUUCUUAUCUGGUUAGCUGGUUAUGAGAUGAGUUACAUUGAACAUCACUGGUGUUUUAAAAUGACUGAAAACUGACAGAUGAAAUCUUCCCAGAAUGUGAGCUGUAUGUGGGAAGUUGCAUCCUUUUUUCUUAAUUCAUUAUCAAUAAUUUUUUUAUUCCUUUUACAUAAUUGAAUUUUCCCCACAGAUUGUUUCAUAAAUACUCACCAGACUGGAUCAAAUUGAACAAAUCCACCAAUAAUUGACAGACCAGAGCAAGGCCUGUUGUGUAACUACCCGACAGUUACAGAAUAACAGAAAGAAAAGUGAAGAGUUUACAAAAGGGUCUUCAAAACGCAGUUCAUCAAUCACUAUCAUUUGUGUGCCGGUACCUCAUACAGCUGUUGCCAAAUUUUUUCACCGCCCCUACACCUCAAACAGCCUGAGAACACCACUGUGUGGAUCCAAUUUAGCAGAAGAUUUCAUAACAGCAUAUCCAGGAAGAACAAUUAAAACAAAGCCAAAUCUAUCAUUCAUGUCAAAUAUUUUUGGAAGUGUUUGUUUUGAAACACACUUUAAUAAAUGUGAACAUUUCCAUUAGAAAUUCUGGAAAGCAGUGUGUCUCAGGGAGUUGGACAAAGUCUGAAAGUUGCUUCUCUCUGUUCAUUUGUCAGACUGUCAGUUUGGAUAAGCUAAGCUUUAAUCGUAUAAUUCCUCCUAAAAUUACUAGUUUUAUCUUUUUAUUUUGCUUGAUCAAUACCAAAACUUAUUCCAGACUAUUUCAACUAAAGACCAAAGUGUUUCACUAUUGUCCCUAUGCAUUACAAUCAAAUACUUCAACAGCCAAAGACAGGAUGUGUUUGUGAAUAUUGGGUCAAAUCUGUGUCAUUUUUAAGAAUACUUGUUUUAUUUUCUGAAGAGCUUCUUUUGGUCUCUGCAUAUUAUAUUGAGCUUAACUGCCGUCAUUAUCUGAUCUUUAGAAAUAUACCUGUAAUAAAAGAGUUGAAAUAUUCAUUAGAUAUUUUUCAAAACAAUGCUUAUAUUUUAUUGAGGAAUCUUUGGUUUUAUGUCUGCAAAUAUACGUUGGACUGUAUUUAUGUGCACUGGACUUCUUCUCUUUUCUUCUGCAUAUGGCGAAAUACACCCAGAAGUUGAAUCAUUUUCCACAAAUUGACCACAAGGGGGCAUCUUGUUCACAAAAUUUGGAUAUGGGUUUGAGUGAGAAAGUGCAGAGCAGAGAAGACCAAGUUCAACUCUGGGUGAUUAAUUAUCUAUAAUGAAUCUCUUUGACGUGACACAGGUUCAGCGGUUAACCCUGAAGGCAUUUAUCAAAUACAUCAAGGCAAACUCUGAGCCAGCGGGUGGAGGUCUUGGAGAUGAAAUGCUGCUGUGGCAUUGGUACUUUUUUGAUUUCUUAUGCAGUUGUGUGGAUUCAUAUGAACAUGAAAACCAAAUAGUCAGUAUUCUGAUGUUUUUGGUCGACUUUUUACAUGUUUGCUGAAUGCUUCACUAACAGAACAAAGAGGGACUUUUAUUUGAUAUUUGUUGUGAUUCCUUUAAAUAAAACUGUUUGAUUUGUA